AUGUCGGGCUUGGAGAUUGCCGGCCUCGUGCUGGGCACAUUUCCCAUCGCCCUCGAAGUACUCGACAAAUACAAAGAGGCAGCCAGACGUCUUGGGUUCUGGCUCAGAAUCGCUGCUGAGUAUCAGAAAUGUGACUCUAAACUUCAAUUCCAACGCCUCUUAUAUAUCAACAACUUGAGACAUCUCCUCCUCCCUAUGGCAAUGCUUGGUGAUGCGGGUAUCGAGGAGCUGCUGGAUGAUCCUGGAGGCCAGGCCUGGAAAAAGGAUGAAACCACCUCCAUGUUGAAGCAACGCCUUGGAAGUUCGUAUGAGCUUUAUUUGCAAUGCAUGGUUGAAUUCAAGGAGGCACUUGGUGCGAUUAACCAUGAGCUUGCUCUGGAGCCUGGUCUCCCAACAGGUUGGCUCAACAUCAGGAAAGAUCAAAGCUAA